UGCCCGUCCAACUCCUAAGAGACAAUGGGGGUAACCGCCUUGCUUAAUUUUGUUCUCUCUUACAUACAGUCAAGUUUCUCAUCCAACACAGUGGAAGUUCAAAAUUCAAUCAGAGUAAUUAUUCUCUGAGACUUUCUUUUAGUUCAAUGGAAGGAUUCAAAUGCAAAGACAGUUCAUUUCCAGUGAGUUCAUCCAAUCCAACUACCGACUGCAGUAAUUCUGAAGGGGAUACCGCAUACAAUAGUAAUAAUGGAGACUUUUCAUAUGCUGUUCUCAGGUACAUAAAUAAUAUGCUAAUGGAAGAAGACUUGGAUGAUAUGCCCUGUAUGCUCCAGAACUCUUUAGCCCUCCUGGCUGCUGAACAGUCCUUCUACAAUGCUCUUGGCGAUGACAAUCCUCUUUUGCUCACUGAAGCCACUCCAUCUAGCGAUCUCAGUACUAUUAUUGAUACUUCCAAUUAUGCUGUCAACGUUAGCAGUACAAUUGCAGGUGAGAAUGAUAAUACGGAGUAUAAUUCUUCUCGGAGCAAGUCAAGAGGAAGUAGACAUCAUCGGCAAGAUUAUUGCUUAGAAGAAGGGAGGAGGAACAAGCAUGUCACCAUUCAUGUCGAAGAGCCUGAAAAAAUGAAGAUUCUCGAUGACUCCUUAUGUCCGUUUUUUGAUUCUUCCAGAGAGCUAAAACAGCCCAAAAUAAGCAUAGCACGCAAGAAGAAACACGACGAGGUGGUGGACCUUUGGACACCUCUUACUCAGUGUGCACAAGCCGUUGCGAGCUUCAACCAAAGAACUGCAUAUGAUCUGCUAAAGCAUAUCCGGCUGCAUUCUUCGCCUUACGGAGAUGGAGAUCAAAGGUUAGCUCAUUACUUUGCUAACGGCCUUGAAGCACGCUUGGAUGGCAGACAUACUACAAAUUAUAAGGCGUCAGCUGCUGAAAUUAUCAAAGCCUACAAGGCUUAUGUAUCCAUAAGCCCUUUCAGAAGGAUGUCAAAUUUCUUUGCAAACAGAACAAUAGCAAAAGUAGCAGCGAACACAACAAGGCUGCACAUUAUUGAUUUUGGGAUCAGUUAUGGAAUUCAAUGGCCUUGUUUUAUCCAGCGCAUGUCAACGAGGCCUGGAGGCCCUCCGAGGAUCCGGAUAACAGGCAUUGAUCUUCCCCAGCCUGGUUUCCGGCCUGCAGAAAGGGUUGAAGAGACGGGAUGCCGCUUGAAAAGACAUAGCGAGAGAUUCAAUGUCCCAUUUGAGUACAAUGUAAUUGCACAGAAAUGGGAGACCAUCCAAUAUGAAGAUCUCAAAAUUGAACAAGGUGAGGUGGUUGUCGUCAACUGUAUGUACCGGCUGAGGAACAUACCUGAUGAGACAGUGCUACCAGACAGUCCGAGGGACGCUGUCCUAAAACUGAUCAAACAAAUCAAUCCAGCUAUAUUUGUUCAUGGUGUUGUUAAUGGUGGUUACAAUUCACCCUUCUUUACCAGAAGAUUCCAGGAGGCGCUCUCUCACUUCUCGUCGAUGUUUGAUAUAUUUGAGGCCAAUUUACCUCGAGAAGACGAAGGGAGAAUGUUGUUUGAGAGAGAAAUGUUAGGAAGGGAUGUGAUGAAUGUCAUAGCAUGUGAAGGUACACAGAGGGUUGAAAGGCCAGAAUCAUAUAAGAAAUGGCAGGCUAGGAUUCUAAGUGCUGGAUUCGAACAACUUCCAUUAGACCAGACCCUCAUGAAGAGAUUAAGGAAUACUGCGAAAGAAAAUUAUCACAAGGAUUUUGUUGUCGAUGAAGAUGGUCACUGGAUGCUGCAAGAAUGGAAAGGAAGAAUAAUACAGGCUGUUUCUGUCUGGAAACCUGUCCAGGAUUUGGUUCAUGAUGAGCUCGACUAGAAGCUCUCUUUUCAUCAUGUAUGCUAUCUUUUCAAAUUUAACGUUCAAUUCUCUUUCCCAGCCGAUGAAACUUGGUUUGGAAACAAUCUGGAUCCAAUUAAAUUGGAGCAAAAUAUUUGCAUAAA